AUGGAUUCUGAAUUCAACCUAUCAUUAUUUUCACUAGUCGAAAAAUGCACAAAACUGGAACAUUUUUCAUUUGAAAUUGAGACUUUAUGUGAAUGUGCAUGUUUGGUUGAUGGCGACCAAUGGCAAUCAAUUAUCAGUUCACUUCCGGAGUUAGAAGAGCUUGAAUUGGAUAUUCAGACACGCGUCGAAGGUUCUAUUGAUAGUGUUCACGAGUUAGUGGAACCAUUCAAAAGUGAAAAUUUUGAAUUUAGACGUCGUAAUUGGAAUAUUAUUUGCGAUUAUCAUGGACCUGCAACAAAAUCUU